GCGGGGAUUCGGACUUACGACGCCGUAUCUACUGAUACGCCCGUCGUAAGUCUAUGUGAAUCUACCCCAAAGAUUUUCUGAGAAGGCAUUAAGGAUUUCUAUGUAAUCUUCUCUUUUUUUUUUUUUUUACUUUUUUGACCUCUACUGUUGGUUCCGGAAUUUAGGAGCGAGUCAUUCGUAGUUGUCCUGCAUGGUAAUCCAUUAUUUUUGUGUUCACAUAACAGUAACUUUGAUGCUAUUUUUUUUUUUUCUUGGAAAAAAAAUUAGUUCUACAAAAUAAACUGAACCCGGGACAGCCACAAGAGCUGGAGUUUAUCAUUUUUGGCUUCUUCCAAAAGCCAUUUCUUUUUAUGUGAAGAAUUUGUCUUUUUUUUUUUUCUGUUUGAUGUCCGAAGACAAAGUUAAAAGCCUCCUCAGAUAGCGAUUCACACAUCUAUCAUGUUUAUUUUGGCUCCGGCAGCCAUUAUUUUUGUUUUCGAAGAACGACCUUUUUAAGAGCUGACGAUAUUUUUUUGAGCUAAGCUGGUCUUGUCAGAUGGAUGGUUAUACGUCGGAAGACAUUUUUUUAUUCUUUUAGCAUCUGUGGUCGCAUUGCUGAAGUUAUCUGAGAAGCAGCACUGAGUGCUUAGCCCGAGCCUUUUCCGAUCUCGGUGUCUGGGUACUGUAGCGCAGUCUGGGAUCCUGGCUGAUCUUGGCAGUGCAUGAGAAGGGAGGAGGAGAGGAGGGUUUGCAGAGGACCACACUCUCUCACAAAGGCAUUUUCUCCAUUCUGCAGCAAAGUGAGCUGCAGUCCUCCUCCUGCAGGACUCCUCCAGACCUUGUGACUCAAGUCAGGAACGAUAAAUAAGGACCCUUGCGAGGCAGCAACUGUGAGAAUGCAAGGAUGCAAUUACCGACUGGAUACUGUACAAACGUUGUCACAUUCUUUCCUCUCAGCUGCUCUGAUCUCUAGUGUGGAAGUGUAAUGAUGGAGUGGGAUUGCCUCGGCUAGAGGACGGGAGGACCCACAUGACCCAGGCUUUCCUGAUGACUGCACCUUUUUGUCCUACGUUCCCUUACAGAGCUUCGCCCUCGAUCUUUCGAACAUGGCAGGAGAUUGGUUCGGCACUGCUCUGUAGAAAAGUUAAAGGGAACAGGUCCAGCCCGACCGGAGUUCUGUCAAGACCGGCCACGGGAUCCUCUGCAGAAUCGCGACGGAGACGCAGGCAUGGUUCUGAUAUCCUUGGCCAUCUAAAGAUGAACUCUUCCUCAGAGGGAAAUUACAGCGCUUUAUUCUGUUUAUUGGGAGUAGGAGCUCAUGAAUCCAUUCCAGUUUGCCUUCUCGAAGUAGGAAUCAUCAUCUUCCUGACUGUGCUAAUCAUCUCGGGCAAUUUGAUUGUUAUCUUUGUUUUCCAUUGUGCCCCUCUGCUCAACCACCACACCACCAGUUAUUUCAUCCAGACGAUGGCCUAUGCUGACCUUCUAGUCGGAGUCAGCUGCUUGGUACCUUCUUUCUCUUUGCUGCACCACAGUGCCCUUCUACCGGAGCAAAUAGUGUGCAAAAUGUUUGGUUAUGUAGUGUCCGUGCUCAAAAGUGUCUCCAUGAUGUCUUUGGCCUGUAUCAGCAUCGACCGAUACAUAGCUAUAACCAAACCACUGACCUACAACACUUUAGUGACGGCGUGCCGCCUUCGCUUUUGCAUUUUGUUGCUCUGGGUGUACUCUUGUGCCAUAUUCUUGCCUGCCUUUCUAGGCUGGGGAAAACCUGGGUAUCACGGAGAUGUCUUCCAGUGGUGUGCCGUGUUCUGGCCCACCGACCCGUACUUCACUUUAUUCAUCGUGAUUAUGCUUUACGCCCCGGCAGCUACUACUGUUUGUUUCACAUACUUCAACAUUUUCCGCAUUUGCCAGCAACACACCAAGGAGAUCAACGAAAGGCGCGUACGAUUCAGCACCACAGAGACGGACUCGGCCCAAGGCCAACCUAGCCCUGAGAAACGGUAUGCGACCGUCCUUUUUCGCAUCACCAGUGUUUUCUAUAUACUGUGGUUACCCUACAUCAUCUAUUUCCUCCUAGAAAGUUCCAAAGUCUACUCCAACCAAACUGCUUCCUUUCUCACCACCUGGUUGGCCAUCAGUAACAGUUUUUGUAAUUGUGUGAUCUACAGCAUGUCCAACAGUGUUUUCCAGAAAGGCCUGAAGCGUCUAUCUGGAGUUGUUUGUGCCUCUUGUUCCAGACGAGGGGAAACGCACGAAGCAACAGGUGCUUCCAGUAAAAGGCCAACGGAUACCAGACAAUGGCAAACUCAUGAUGUACCUAUUACUUCCAGUAAAAGGCCGAUGGAUACCAGAAAAGGGGAAAUGUGUGAAGGACCUGGUGCUUCCAGUAAGAGACCAAUGGAUACCAGGCAGGGGGAAAUGCUUGAAGGACCUGGUGCUUCCAGUAAGAGACCAAUGGAUACCAGACAAGGGGAAAUGCUUGAAGGACCUGGUGCUUCCAGUAAAAGACCAAUGGAUACCAAACAAGGGGAAAUAAUUAAAAGACCUGGUAUUUCCAAUAAAAGACCAAUGGAUACCAGACAGUGCGAAACACGUGAAGUACCAGGUACUUCCACUAAAAGGCUGAUGGAUACCAGACCGUGCGAAACACGUGAAGUACCAGGUACUUCCACUAAAAGGCUGAUGGAUACCAAAAAAGGGGAAACGUGUGAAGGGCCUGGUGCUUCCAAUAAAAGGCCAAUGGAUACCAGACAAGGGGAAAUGUUUGAAGGCCCUAGUGCUUCCAAUAAAAACCCAACGGAUACCAGACAAUGGGAAACGCGUGUAGUAGUACCUAGUACUUCCAGUAAAAGGCUGAUGGACACCAGACAAGGGGAAACAUGUGAAGGAUCUAGUAAUUCCAGUAAAAGACCAACGGAUACCAGACAAUGGGAAACGCGUGUAGUAGUACCUAGUACUUCCAGUAAAAGGCUGAUGGACGCCAGACAAGGGGAAACGCGUGUAGUUUCUAGUAAAAGCUUGAUGGACACCAGACUAUUGGAAACAUUGGAAGGACCUAGUACUUCCAGUAAAAGACCAACGGAUACCAAACAAGGGGAAACACGUGAAGUACCAGGUCCUUCCAAAAAAAGACCAACGGAUACCUGCAACCCAUAAGUAUCACAGGCCAUGUGUUCAAUUGGGUGUUCCAUAGACCGAAUAAAAUUUACACCACUGUGUACUCAUCCAAGGGGAGCAAUAAAAGAACCUUUCUAAUCCAA